AUGCACGCACCUGCACGCAACACACACGCAACAUGCACGCAACAUGCACGCAACACGCUCGCAAAUGCACGCAACACGCACGCAGAUGCACGCACUGCACGCACCUGCACGCAACAUGCACGCAAGUGGCACGCAGAAAAACCAGUGCCCCCACGAGCCCAAGCCCAUGUCAGGCCUCCUCCGUACUUACCCUCAUCCUCGGUUCUGUACUCCCUACGAAUGUCGACCCCCGCCACCUGCCAAACGCACGCUCGGACCCAGGACUCCACCCAAAUCACCCUGAAGCGCAAGCACGAGCAAGGAACUUGCAACAUGUCGCUGCCCAAUUCUGCUCGAUCUCUCCGUUUUCAGAUGAGGUUCGCGUCGCAAUAUCGACCUGCCAACUCUCCAUGCGCUCGCAGCGGGCAGAAGGUGUCUUUGUCACCACCUUAA